UUGCACCCUGUGUCCUUCUGGUGGUGCAACUACUACCACUGUUUCACACCCCAGAAUUUCACAGAAGAAAACUGUGACAUAUGGAAGCAAACUAUGGCCCCUUCUACAUUGCCCUGUAUCCUAGGAUCCGAUCCCAGAUUAUCUGCUUUAAAUUGCAUUGUAUGAAUCUCCACUGCCAGAUAAUCUGGGAUCAGAUCAUGGGAUAUAGGGCAGUGUAGAGGGGGCCUACAUCAGAGCAUAGCCAAAGUUUCAAAAGUUUUCAAAAGUUAUUCAAGAGGAAGAACACAUAAGCAAGGAGAGGCUGCUACGGUCAGCCUUGUUCUGAGCCUAUCGGGAAGGGAAGAACUCCAACCCCUUCUCUCAUCCCGCUGCUACUUUCGAAAUUAGUUUGCAGCAAUUGACAUAUGGUGAGGAGUGAAGGGCAAGAAGAAGAAUCAAGCUGGGACAUUUUCACAAGCAAUUGAGAAGGUGGGAGUGCUGAUUAAUAACUAAAGCUGGAUCUACACUGCCAUGUAAUCCAGAGGUGCUUGACAUUAAGGUAUUUUAUGGUUAUGUGUUUUAUCUGUGCUGUGCUCCGUCUCAUGCCGUGAGGAGAGGUGGGUAACAAACAAAAAUGGACAAUGAUGAUGAUGGGAAGGUCACUUCUGUUUACUCAAUAAUUAUUCCUUUUCCUCCAGGCACAGUUGCCACACCACCCAGAGAGCAGACAAAUGAAGUGAAUAAAGUCUGGCCUUUUUAGAAUUUGGAACUGAGACUGUCAAAAAACAUCAGAUAUGUUUUAGAGAAAGGACAUGGUAAAACUAUUUCUUAUCUAAGAAAAUACUGUGAAUUUCAUGGAGGCACUAUAAGUGGGCAGACAACUUGAAGGCUCAUACAUACACUUGAAUACAGAAUAUUCCAGGCUUUAUGCUUUUGGUGAUGCAUCACUCAAUACUUCCCCUUAUAAAACAAGAUGUUCCACUGGCUUGGUUCUGCCUAUAGAGUUUCCAGUUGCAACAUCAGGAAAAUCUAUGUCUCAGUAUCUGUCUGUUCAUCUCGAAGGUGGAACAGAAGGGGCAAAGUGCAUUUUAGUAAAAUGGAAACAACAUUUUCCCCAUAUGCUUGCAAAAAUGUAAGGUACACCAAUGCUCACAUUCUAAAUGUGUGUGUGUGUCCACACACAGAGAUACACGUGUCCCAAAGUAUUUUGCAAUACCUAGCUGACUAAAGGCAUAAAAGCUAGUUCCCCCUCAAGGUAACAUUUAAUCCCUUUGAAUGUUUUUGUUGGGUGGGAAGGAGGGGUCCAUCGAUUCUAUUAGAGGCAAACUUCCGAAACUUAAGAUCUGUUUGGCUGCUUCUUUUCAGCCUCUGCGCUCUUGGGAUAUAAAGUGAAACACUGGAAAUGCAGAUGAGACCCAGAGGAAGCUAAGCAAACAGACACAAAGCUUUCAGCAGGCUCCACAUCCAUCACUAUUCACCAUGGCUUUCGUGCAAGAUGACAAGUACAACAGAUUCAUCCGGAAACAUUCGGCGGCAGGGCUGCAGGAGUUGGUGUCCCUAGCUGAGAUUCUGUUCCUCCCAAGGCCACACAGUGAGGAGAUCUGUAAUAAAACCCGUGAUCGCAUCAAUAAUGCAUCCUACCAUUUUUCGGAGGCUGAACGGCAGGUUGAAUCCCACCUCUCACAAGUUGAUUCCCAGUCAGAAGCUAUGAUAGCGGUGAAGAAACAAAUGCAAGACGAUCUGCAGGAGAAGAAGGGGAGCUUGGCAGACCUGAGAGCCCAGAUGGUUGCCAUCAAAGAAGUUCAGAAGAAGUCCCAGGCAAUGCUGGAAUCUGCAGAGGUGCAUCUAGAAAAUGCAAAGAAGCAGUAUGAAGAGACCAAGAAGGAAGAAGAAGAAGAUAUAUUUUACCAGACACUGCUCUCAGUAGGGGUUGGGCCAGUCAUUGCACUUCUGACGCUUCCGAGUCUCGAGGCAGCAAGGAAAUCAGCCGAAAAUCAUAUAGCUGAAGCCCAAGAGGCAGUGGUCCAAAGUAUAGCAGAAGUCGACGGUUACAGGAACGAGGUGGCACAAUUGUCCCAAAAGGAGCAGGAGAUACAGGCUGGGAUAAACACUGCUGAGGAGAAGAUUUCCCAGAUUCAAGCCGAACAUGACGAAAUCCUUGCUUUCCACAACACCGUAACAACACAGCAAACCUGGAUCAGAAAAUUCCUGUCCCUGUUGGAUCUGUUGGGAGGCAGGAUUGACGCUUCUGCGGUAAUGUACAGCCCUGACUGUACGCCUGACUCCCUGGUGGGCAUCUUGGAAGAAAUAGCAGGCAUGGUGGCAGGACAAGACGCAAAGUCCUUCUGUGCCUAUGAGGAAAUCCAGGCUUUGGUUCUGCAAAUAAAUAAGACAAUGCAAUCUCUGAAAGCCACGGCAGGAGGAAAUGAAACCAUUGCUUAAUAACGCCCCCCACAACCUUCUUGUCAUACUACUUUUCUCAUUCUACUCAGCCGUUUCCCACUUUUCCCAUUCCAUUGGCCCAUUUCAUUUCUGUGUUGGAAGAUAACUGCAGAUUUUGUAUGCUAGUGUUCUUGUGUGGCUAUUGUUUUUAUUUGUUGUUGUUCUGUGCCUCCAAGUCAUUUCCAACACAUGGUUAUUCCAAGGCAAACAUAUCACAGGUUUCUUGCGAUAAGUUUUUGGUUUUGUUCAGAGGCAAUUUGCCUUCUUCUGAGGGCCCCUCCACACAACCAUAUAACACAGAAUAUCCUACAAUAUCUGCUUUGAAUCCAUGCUGCCAUAUAUUCCAGUUCAAAGAAGAUAAUGUGGGAUUUUAUUCAGCUAUGUGGAAUGGACCUAAGGCUAAGACCCCUCCUGCAUUGCUUUAUAAAAUCCAGAUUGCCUGCUUUGAACUGGAAUAUAUGGCAGUGUGGACUCAAAUAAAGCAGUUCAAAGAUGAUAUUGUGGAAUUUUCUUCCUUGAUAUUCUGGGUUAAAGGCCUCUGUGGAAAGGCCCUAUGAGAAUAUGCCUUGCCUACAGACACUAUGGCUAAGUGGAGAUUUAAAGUCUGUUGCCAGAGUUGUUACUCACUGCUCAAAUCAUUACAUUGCACUGAUUAGUUUACUAGCAAAAUAUUGUGUUGGGAACUACAUUCCUGAAUUUUACUGUUGUUUGCUGUAUUUUCAUAGAAUUAUAGAGUUGGAAGAGGCCAUGAGGGCCAUCGAGUCCAACCUGUGGAGAUUUGUAAAAGGCAUCAUUGACUGGAAAGACAUGUGUCAGCAGCUGAUUUGCUAAGAGUGCCAGGAGCCAACAUUCUGAUUGGCUACUGCCUCUGGCUUACUGCUGAGAGAAAUGGUUUGGACAGGCACUUUUACCUCAGAGAGCGAAGAGGUAACACCUAGGGAAUUAAUGGCUGCCGACUCUCUGAAGCCUGAUAAUUGAUAAGGCAAUGAGGUAUAUUUAAAGGCUGAUUUAAAAGGACUGUUUAUUCCCUCUGUUCUCUGUAAGAAGCCAGAGAGACUACUGUAUAUAUUGUUGCUCUGUUCGAUCUAUUGAACUGAAGUAAAGUUACUGUUACUUAUUUCACA